GGAAGCCUUUACGAUGUGUUGGGUGUGGAUAAGAAUGCCAGCGAACAAGAGAUCAAGAAGGCGUACAAGCGAGCUGCUGUGAAGUUUCACCCUGACAAGGCUCCUGAGAGCGAACGUCCUCAGUACGAGGAGCGCUUUAAGCGAAUCUCGAGGGCCUACGAGAUCUUAUCAGAUCCCGAGAAACGUCGAGCCUAUGACCUCAGGGGCGAGUCCGCCUUCGAUGGUGCCGGCGGUGGCGCACAGGGGGGCUUUGGCCCUGGAGUUGAUCCUUUUGACAUGUUCAGGAGUAUGUUUGGCCAGAACUUUGGCUUCGGUGUGGCGCGCACGCCUGAUGUAGGCUACGAAGUUGAAGUGACAAUGGAGGAGAUGUACAAGGGCUUCAACAAGAGUGUUCGCUACGACCGGGACGCAGUCUGCCGAACCUGUCAAGGGAUGGGGGCCACGCAGAUCGAAACCUGUGUGUUUUGCAAUGGCCGUGGAGUGAUUGUCGAAGAUCGGCAGGUGGGUCCUGGUUAUUUCCAGCGAGUGCAACGUCACUGCCAGCGCUGUGGGGGUCAGGGUGCGCAGGCAAGGAACCGCUGUUCCAAGUGCCGUGGCAAAGGCUUUGUCAAAGAGCAGGUGGACCUCAAUGUUUCCGCUCCUCCGGGCUGUCCGGACAGGAAACGAUUCAUGUUCCAGGGAAAGGCUGAUGAGGCGCUGCUGGGCGUGCUUCUGCUGCUGGCACCACCGCAGCUGGCAGCAUUGGGGGCUGCAGCCAGAGUCUGGCGCCAGGCGCUUCGAAAUCCAGAGCUAUGGCGUCAGCAAUUCCUCCGGCGCGGCGGCGAAGAUCGCCAAUCCUCCACGCGGCUGUCCUGGCGGCUGCAGCUGGCUGCAUUGAUCCGCAAGGAAUUGGAGCAGGAGCGCUCGCGUCUGCUGCGAGAGCAGGGCAGAUUGCACCAACUGCGGCAGCUGCAGCGAGAACGAGACCUGGUGGCAAUUCCUGGGAUUCAGAUGAAGUCACUGGGACCAUACGAUUCCGGGCUUGAAAAUAGCCAACUCUGCUGGGCAACCGGAUGCCACAAAGGUAAGAAGAGGCAACAGGAGCUCAGGCUGCUGCCGUGA